AUGUCGAAGAUCUCCAAGGUUAACCAUGCGGCGGGCAUCUUCGCUGACAUCUCCGUCGAUGGCCCCAUUAUCGGUACCUUGGUCGCUAUCAUCGACCGAGCCAAGAACCUACCCAACCGGAAGACUAUGGGCAAGCAGAAUCCCUAUGCUGCAGCACGAUUGGGCAAGGAAGCAAAGAAGACACAAACAGACUUGCGAGGAGGACAAACUCCCCGAUGGGACUCGGAACUCCGAUUUACCGUACAUGAAUCCCCCGAUUACUUCAAGUUAAAGGUCUCCGUAUUCAAUGAUGAUAAGAAGACCGACAUGAUCGGCGAGACCUGGGUCGAUUUACAAAGCUUGAUCAUUCCGGGUGGAAGUCAGAAUGAUCACUGGCACCCACUUCAAUGGCGUGGGAAAUAUGCAGGAGAGAUCCGAAUCGAAAUGACCUACUAUGACACCAGAGAACAAGACGAGGUCCUGAUUGGACGCCGACAAGAAGCCGCUGACCGAGUGCAAGGCAAAGUCCCCAGUACUCCAAGCAUGGCCCUGGAGGGGCCGUGGCAAGACCAGCUCCUCCAGAGCAAUCUCACUCUGCGCCUCCAGUUCACCACCCGGUCCCAUCGAGACCCGCCAUUCCUGAACAUUCAAACACCAUAUCUGGUGCCCCAGACACCGUCUCUCAUGCCCCGAGACAUUCAGAGCCUGCUUACGAUGCAUCGGCUUAUCGCGCACCUUCUCCUGUUCCGCCUCCCUCUCGGGGCGGGUAUGAUGCAGAAGCAACUGCGGAAUCAUCCCGAAUAUGACCAGCCAGCGUCGAGAAACUAUCUCCUCGCCAGGCAAGAUCAGUACGAGGCAGAUCCCCACGAGGAAGCGCCAUACCAUUCCAUACAUCAAGAUCUCUACGCUCGAAUAGAGCAGCCGCGAUACGAUCUAGACCCUAUGUCAUAUGGACCAACGCAUGCACAUGAGUUGCCAGCCUCGAACUCUAUACCUUCCUCUCUAGGACCAGUGGAUGACCCAAGGUACCAUCCUCAUAGAGUUCGACCUCUACAAAUCACUGCUCGAGGUCAUGAUUACCACCCAGAGUAUGCCGGAAUGCAACCACGAGUAGAGGAUGAAGAUGAUGGCGGGCCCCCACCUCCUCCACCAGUACACCGGUCACGAAGGGCGCAUUCUCAGCUGUCCACCCCGAAAACAUCGUCUCACCCCUAUGCACCCUACACACCCCAAUCUUCUCGAUCCUCGGUCCCCCAUCUGCCAUCAACCAUGUCCACCCCGUCCCACCGUGAUCGCUAUCAGGAGCCUUCUUCGGUGGGGAAUCCCCAAGCCAUGCCCGCAAGCCUCGUCGCAGGCUAUGAACCGGAAGACUCGGCUGAGAGAGCAGCACUCGAACGAUCAGCCCGCAGACCCAGCAACCAAUGGGACGAUGAGAUUAUGCUUUCCCAACCGCCUGCACCAGUCCCUGUAUCAGCACCCGUCCAGUACGAUACUCCUGUCUACCCUCUGCGAACAUCCCCCCGACCGAUUGAACAAAGACCCACUUCUAGCAGAGGUGGAUCUGUGAGCCCUGAUAUGCGAGCUGUGACCCGGAAAUCAGUCAGUCCGCGGCCCUCUUCUUCGGACGUCCGUGAGGGUUCUUCAAUCCCUUUCUCUCCCGACUCCUACAUUUCUCUAAAUCCGAAUGCGUCGCACCCCCCUAGCCGAGAUCCUUCCCCGGCAUACGACUCGCCUUCGCAAGCUAGAGAUGCCGUGAUACGUGGAAAGACCGAACCCCAUCGAGACAUGGAUCACCCAAUUAUCGGGGAUGACGGUCGUGAGAUUGACCCCUCUGACCAUCUUCCCACCGAUACAUGGGCGCCCGAACCAGAACGGAAGAACCGUAAGCCCGAGGUUAUCAUCCGCUUUAAACACUCGCCUCGCCCAACUUCUAGAGGCAACGACUCUCCUUCAUCACGUAGCACAGGCCCUCCACGCGUCGGAUUCAGAGCAGAGACCACUACCUAUCCGUCGGAUCGCCCAAUCAAGUACACACCCACCCAUGUGAACGUCAGUCCGGGGUCAAUGGUUCGAACUCCACCUCGACCGGACUACGCACGUGAGCGCCCUAACAGCUAUGUGCAACCUCGGGGUUACAGUACACCCACUUCGGUUGAACGGCCGCGCUCUUCUCGAGGCUCAGUCUCGCCAUCUCCGGGGUCUCGUACGCCGCUGUAUGACUAUAGCCCAGGUCCCCCGAUUCCAACCAAGGUGCCAAUCACCGGAGGAAGCCCAGGCUACCCCGUCAUGUCUGGCAAUCCAAAUGGAAACGUCCGCAUGGAUGCCUUGAGUCGAGAAUUGAGUACGAUCGACAUUGGCUCUACGGCGUGCAGCCCUGGCCGGGGGGCCGUUCGAAAAUACGUACCAAGACAACCGGCGUCGAUUGGCUACGCUAGAUAA